CGAAUGCUCUUGUGUUUGCUCACCGCCAGAGAUGGAGGAGAAGGAUACGAGGAGCUGAGGAGGGAGCGGCUCGGACGCCACAGAGUUGCCGCUCGCUUUCCCCACUCCCCCGGCCGCCUGCCUGCGCCCAUCGACAUCGGGAGGUGGCAGUGCCACAGCCCGGAUCGCCCGUCCGACCCCAGGCUCCCCGCCGGCCCGGCCCGGCCCCGCCAUGAACGGCCUGUCGCUCAGCGAGCUCUGCUGCCUCUUCUGCUGCCCGCCCUGCCCGAGCCGCAUCGCCGCCAAACUGGCCUUCCUGCCCCCCGAGCCCACCUACGUGGCGGUGGCCGACGAGACGGGCUCCUCCUGGACCUUGCGCUUCACCGAGCGGGCCGAGUGGCAGUAUGGCCAGAGAGAGCUCGAUUGCACCGACAUCUUCCUCACCCGAACCAGCCGGGGAAACAGGAUCGCUUGCAUGUUCAUCAGAUGCUCUCCCACCGCCAGGUUCACCCUUCUCUUCUCCCAUGGGAAUGCAGUGGAUUUGGGUCAGAUGAGCAGUUUCUACAUCGGUCUUGGCACCAGGAUCAACUGUAAUAUCUUCUCCUAUGACUACUCAGGGUAUGGAGUCAGCAAUGGGAAGCCUUCUGAAAAGAAUCUGUAUGCAGAUAUUGAUGCCGCAUGGCAGGCAUUGAGGACCAGAUAUGGCAUUAGUCCUGAAAACAUCAUACUGUAUGGGCAGAGUAUUGGCACCGUUCCAACUGUAGACCUGGCUUCGCGGUAUGAAUGUGCUGCCGUUAUUCUGCAUUCUCCUCUGACCUCAGGAAUGCGGGUGGCAUUCCCAGACACAAAGAAAACAUACUGCUUUGAUGCAUUCCCCAACAUUGAUAAAAUCUCCAAGAUCUCAUCUCCUGUGUUGAUCAUCCAUGGAACGGAGGAUGAGGUGAUCGACUUCUCUCAUGGCCUGGCAUUGUAUGAGCGUUGCAUUAAAGCAGUGGAGCCACUGUGGGUGGAAGGGGCUGGUCACAAUGACAUUGAACUAUACAGCCAAUACCUGGAGCGUCUCCGAAAGUUUAUCUCUUAUGAACUGGUCAAUGUGCAACGGAAUUGAAUGUAACCAAGAACAAACAUUUUGGAAAGUCUAUUUUUUCAGGAGAACUUUGGGUAGUAUUGGAAACACAAACACAACCAUGAUUUUUUUUUUAAUUCACAUUGGGUGCUAGUGCAGGUAAAGCAUAGAAAACAAAUGUGAUGCAACAAUUAUUCUUGAGUAUUUUGCUAAUUAUUUACAACCAUAGUACGUUGUUGCUUUUCUAUCUGUAAGGAGUUUGUGGGGUUGAAGCCAGAGUAAAGGUGAAUUUGUUCCUUGUGAGAUGAGGCCCUUUAAAUGCAAUCCAUUUGGUCAUUUUGGCUAUUAUUUUUUUUUAAAGAACUCUGGUGUAUUUAGAACGGGUUUUACUCUUCACACCACAUGAAGUUAUUGUGUCACUAUUUUAAGAUGUGGAAAAUAUCAAAGAAGUGAAGAGAUUGUUUUCUCAAAAAAAAUUAGCCAAAAAAUACCAUAAAUUGCAUUGCAAAUUUCUGCUCUUACAAGCCCAGUCCAUUCUAGUGUUUUCUUGUCCCUUUAUUAUUGGGUGUGUUUAUCUGUCCUCUUGAUAUCAGCUUGUGAUGUAUGAUAGACUCUCCCAUACUCCAACGUAAACUGCCAUCUCUCUACUCCAUUUACACGUUUUGGUAGCAUGAGGUAGAAAUGGGAGUUAGGUGUGAUUAUUACUGGAAAAAAGCAGCCAUUUUUGUGAUAGAAAGAAAUCAUGAGUGUGGAGGAACAAGCUUGAAUCAAAUGUGGCAGGUUGAGCGGAAAAUAAUCGACAUUCACCAAAAUGUAUUUAACAAACUUGGUUUGGUUUAAAGCUGUGAAUGUUUGGUUAGUUUUGCAGAUCUUUGUACCAAAGUAGGUGCAUAUUACUGCUUCUGCCAUUCCUAGCUAAAGGUGAGGAUUAUUCGUUGUCGGAUGGGAUAUAUUUUCAAUGUUAUGCGUAGCUGGAUGUGCAGAGCAUUGGUGUUUUACACAGCACAGAUUGAAUGCUGUGGAAAAGUUUGGGGGGAAUGAGAUAUUGGCAGCAACUUGGUAGCUCCAGUAAAGUUGAAAUGUUGAUGCUUGUGGCCUUCAUAUUGUAUGACAAGCUGUUCAAAGUAACCAAUAUUAAGUGGAUUUUGAGAUCCAACGAUGAAAUUUCCCUUGAUGGUUCAGUGGUAAAUAUACUGCACAGCUUCAAACUGAGCCAUACAAACCUUCCUUGAUCUGAGCAUGUGCUGAAUUAGCUGAUCUCGGCUGAAACAAGGUUAGAGAAAUCAGAAAUGUGAGGGAGGGAGGGGGGGGGGGGGGGGGGGGGGGGGGGGGGGGGGGGGGGGGGGGGGUGGGCUUGGGCUUCCACUCCUGAAGGGUUUCCAAGUAAUUUUUUGUGAGAUAUUGUACUAAUCUGUGGGCGUUAGGUGAGGAUAGGAUGAAGCAUGGCUCCGAUUUUCCAACUCUCCUUUCUUCCCCUCCCAUCCGAACAUGGUCCUUGCGUUGGUCACUUGGAUGAGGUGAGGGCAACAUUGCAUGUGAAACUGACCCAGCAUGAGUCGGGUGCUUUCAGGAGAGGAACGAACAAAACCGGAGAGGCGGGGAAGCAACAAAACCAUUUUGUACUUGUUAACACUCAGCAAGAUGAAAUCCUAAAAGUUAUCUUGAAAGAUCGCCUGAAUGAUAGACAUGACUGUAAUAUAAUGAACAGAAUGAUUAUCUAUAAGUGUACAGUAAAUCAGUUUUAAAUCUACACUACUGCUUGUUCACAUUAUAUUGAAUGGACUAUUUGUAAUUUUUCUUUUGCAAUCUGCAAACACUAGAACCCGGAGCUGAUAUUCACCAAAUUAAUAAACGUCAGCAAAUAGCAGAGCUGGAGGUGAUGUAAAGCAGGAUCUUCAACCAGAUUUAUGAGGAGCCUAGCAUGGCUAGAUUCAAAGAAAGCCAGAUCUAAUCCAGUUUCCCAGCCUGUGCUGAGACUGCUUUCUUUUUUUUAACUCCAUUGGGUUAUCAUUGCAAAAGGUCAACCAACUUUCCUCCUCCUGGUUACUUCUCCAAUGCCUUUCCAGAACGCCUGAGUGGCUGACUUUGAUUGAGGGCAGAAUCCGACUCGCUUGUGAGGCCUAUAAUGUUGAGUGGUUUGGUGAAACUCCACCAUCUGGGCCCACAGGAGGAUUGGUCGGCCGAGUUACCAAAACGGUGCUUGUAAAACAAAGUUCAACACUUGUUAGCAAACGAGAGGAGAACAAUUGGGACGGGAGGGAAGAAGUAUCAAAUUUCAAAAUGUCACAGACUCAAACCAGUGUCCAAAUAAUCACUUAAAACAUUAGCAGAAUAUUGCUUAGUUUGCUUUUUUAACUUGGUGUGUUUUAAACGGGAUAAACCCUCUGUUAAAAUUGCAGACAGAGCAAAGAUAGACAAAUGAAUUAACCACUUUGUGCGUUCCACAAGCUACUUUCUAGUCUGAAGUUAAUUGCAAUCGGGUGUGGGGAGGGGAGAAUCCUCUCUUGCUUCUGGGAUUUUGUGAUGCUCUUUGUAACCUCUAUCAGCACCUUCAUAUUAUGAGCAUUAUAGUUAAUAAAUUCUGAUAUGCCCAGUAUCAGAAGUUGGAAAUGAUUUAAAUAGAACAUUGGCUCCAAGGUCAAAUGGAUUUUUACUUGAUUGUUAAUGCACAUCUCUAAAUCUUUAUAUUGAAUGAGUAGUGAAAAGGUGGUGGAGGAAAGAGGGGUGAGAAUUCCAAUGCUUUACUCCCAGGUGAGAACUGGGGCUGUAGGUUACCCAACUGGGCAAUUGCAAGCUGAGAGUAUGCAUUUUUGCAAUAUGCUAUCCCUGUAUAUACCCAGGAGUGGUACAAUGAAUGUCUUGCCCCUAACAUAAUACUUUUUUUUUCCAUGUUCAAUACGUAAUAGACAUGCAAUGGUAACAGUGCAAUCAUCAAUAAAGGUGGCGAUAUGGAAGCCAAACAUACAGUGAAUGUAAAUGUUUAUCAUCUGUACAUUUUGGUCACCUCAUGUCCUUUUCCCUUUGAGGCUGCUGUUGGCAACCUUGCCACUGGAUUGUUCUCUAUUUUGAAGCAAUUACUGUUUGCACCAACAACAAAAAAAAAAUCUCUUAAUUGCAACUUAUAUUAAAUGUAUUUAACUGAAAAUUUAAAAACAAA